AUUUUCCCGUGUAAAUUCUCCACCGGAGGAAUCAUAAUAUUAUUCCCGUGUAAAGGGCUCCGUCUGGGCGUCGAGGGUUUUAGGGUUUUACCAAAAUUCAAGAAAAUCAGUAAUGGGGAGAUACAGAAGUAGGAGUAGGAGUUACAGUCCUCGUCGAAGGAAACGAUACGAUGAUCCUCAAGGUAGACGCCGUGAUCAUCGAGAUAGUAGAUCAUACAGAGGUGGAGGAGAUAGAAGAUCAUCAUCUGGCCCAACUGGAUUACUUGUUCGUAACAUCUCUCUUGAUGCAAGGGUUGAGGAUCUUAGAGUUCCAUUCGAAAGGUUUGGUCCAGUGAAGGAUGUUUAUCUUCCUAAGAAUUAUUACACUGGUGAGCCACGGGGCUUUGGAUUUGUGAAGUUUCAUGACGCGGAAGAUGCUGCUGAAGCAAAGGAACAGAUGGACCAUCAAGUAAUUGGUGGGCGUGAGAUUAGAAUCGUUUUUGCUGAAGAAAACAGAAAGACUCCACAAGAAAUGCGCAUGACUUCACGAGCGAGUAGUGACCGAUAUGGAGGAGGACGAAGGAGGAGGAGUCCACCAAGAUCCCCAAGACGUCGAUAUCGCUCCUAUUCACGAUCACCUACACCAGCCAGGUGUAGCUCAAGGUAUUCUAGAUCACCUUCACCAGCCAGGCGCAGUUCAAGGUAUUCAAGAUCACCUUCACCAGCCAGGCGCAGUUCAAGGUAUUCAAGAUCACCUUCACCAGCCAGGCGCAGUUCACCCUCACCUUCACCAGCUAGGCGCAGUUCACCCUCACCUUCACCAGCUAGGCGCAGUUCACCCUCACCUUCACCAGCCAGGUGCAGUUCACCCUCACCUUCACCAGCCAGGCGCAGUUCACCCUCACCUUCACCAGCCAGGUGCAGUUCACCCUCACCUUCACGAAUCAGGCAUGACUCUGUGAAUUCGCCCUCGCCUUCACCAGCCAAGCAUGAUUCUAGGAAUUCGACCUCGCCAUCACCAGCCAAGGAUGACUCAAGGUAUUCACGACCGCCUUCACCCGUCAAGCAUGGCUUGAGCCGUUCACAACCGUCUUCACCAGUCAGAUUAUAAAGUGAAAAGAGAUACCACAAAGAAUACAUGGAUUAGUAAAGACUAGAGACUAAAGACUAAAGACUAAAGAGACUAUACCGUGACUAAAGAUUAAAGACUAAAGUCUAAAGAGACUAUAUCGUAUCUGAUUUCUUGGUUGAUGAUGAGUGCUUGAUCAUUUGUAUAAUUAUCCCAUCAAUUUUUAAUCGUUAGUUUGUUAUUUUGUACAGAUUUAAUUGUCGUGUUUCAGUUUUGCAGAAUUUAGUGUCGGAGGCUCAGUGAACUGUACAAGUGAAUUUGCCGUAUAAGUUGGUCAAAAUCAGACUUCGUCAAGAGCACCUCUUUGUUGCACACAUUGCGAGAGCGGCACCUCAAAUCGAGAUGAUAUCAUGUCUACUUUUUAUUUUUGAAAGGAUUGUCUCUCCUGAUUAAUUCUCCCAAAAGAUGGAAAAUAUUUGAUGACUUCACCAAGUUAUGACUUUGUAAUCAAUCUAAAUCUGCUUCAGAGUGUGUAGUCAUUAAACAUAGAAUAUUACUAUAUGACAGACCAGUGAUUUUGAUUUAUUUGUGGCUUUGAAUGUUACUGAGCUGAUCUGGGAACGUUUUCUGUUUA